GGAAGUGACGUUGGGUCCGAGCGCCCGGGCGGGCCAUGGCGGCGGCGGCGGGAGCGGUGGUGUGAGCGGCGGCGGCGGCGGCGGAGGACCGAACGGACUCGGCCGCACAGCCUGGGCCGGCCCCGGGGACCUAGGCCCGCGGCGGGGGAGCGCGACGGACCGCGGUGCGGGACUCCUCUCGGCGGAACCCUGCUGGGGGGUCUGCUCCCGGUCACCAUGACGACGCCGGCGAAUGCCCAGAAUGCCAGCAAAACGUGGGAACUGAGUCUCUAUGAGCUGCACCGGACCCCGCAGGAAGCUAUCAUGGAUGGCACAGAGAUUGCAGUGUCCCCUCGGUCACUGCAUUCGGAACUCAUGUGCCCCAUCUGCCUGGACAUGCUGAAGAAUACAAUGACCACCAAGGAGUGCCUCCACCGAUUCUGCUCUGACUGCAUCGUCACAGCCCUGCGGAGCGGCAACAAGGAGUGUCCUACCUGCCGAAAAAAGCUAGUAUCCAAGAGGUCUCUACGGCCAGACCCCAACUUUGAUGCCCUGAUCUCUAAGAUCUAUCCUAGCCGGGAGGAAUACGAGGCCCAUCAGGACAGAGUGCUCAUCCGCCUCAGCCGUCUGCACAACCAGCAGGCACUGAGCUCCAGCAUCGAGGAAGGGCUUCGGAUGCAGGCCAUGCACAGGGCCCAGCGUGUGAGGCGGCCAAUGCCUGGAUCUGAUCAGACCACCACCAUGAGUGGGGGCGAAGGAGAGCCUGGGGAGGGAGAAGGGGAUGGAGAGGAUGUGAGCUCAGACUCCGCCCCUGACUCUGCCCCAGGUCCUGCUCCCAAGCGACCCCGAGGAGGGGGCGCAGGGGGCAGCAGUAUAGGGACAGGGGGAGGUGGUACUGGUGGGGUAGGUGGUGGUGCUGGUUCGGAAGACUCUGGUGACCGGGGAGGCACCCUGGGAGGGGGAACCCUGGGUCCUCCAAGCCCUCCUGGGGCCCCCAGUCCCCCAGAGCCAGGUGGAGAGAUCGAGCUUGUGUUCCGGCCCCACCCCUUGCUCGUGGAGAAAGGAGAAUACUGCCAGACUAGGUAUGUGAAGACCACUGGGAAUGCCACAGUGGACCACCUCUCCAAGUACUUGGCCCUACGCAUUGCCCUGGAACGGAGGCAGCAGCAGGAGGCGGGCGAGCCUGGGGGCCCUGGCGGAGGCACCUCUGACACGGGUGGACCUGAUGGGGGUGGUAGGGAGAGUGGGGGUGCUGGAGGAGGCGAAGGUCCUGAGGAGCCUGCCCUGCCCAGCCUGGAGGGUGUCAGCGAAAAGCAGUAUACCAUCUACAUCGCCCCUGGGGGCGGAGCAUUCACGACACUGAAUGGCUCCCUGACCUUGGAGCUGGUGAAUGAGAAAUUCUGGAAGGUGUCCAGGCCACUGGAGCUCUGCUAUGCCCCCACUAAGGACCCAAAGUGAACCCCACAAGGGGACAGCCAGAGGAUCGAGAGCACAGGGAAUCCCUGUGUCCUGACACCUUGCCAGCACAUCUCCCAGUGCCCCCAGCCCAGCCAUCCAGCCAAGAGGACACAAAUGAGGGCAAAUGACUUUUAUACAAAGUAUCUAUCAGAUUCUUCUAUAUUGUACAGCCCAGCACAGUGCUUCUUUACUGCCUUUUCUAUUGACCCCCAACCCUGCACCUGUUCCAGGUAAUGGGGAGUUAAGCAAGCUCCCCUUCCCACCCUCCUAACCAACAACAAAUUUGCUUAUUUCUUCUUUGAAGU